CUUUUGCAUAUUCUACUUCCUCCAAAGCCAUUACAGUUCAGUCUGUAGCUAAACUUUCCUCACAGUGACACGGAAGAAGUGGAACGAUGAGAUGUGAGAUAAGAUCCUCAAUGUUUACUGUUCAAGUUCCAGACAACUGAAUUGUUCUCUGAUUAGAAGUAUGUGGCAGAUAGUAUUACCUCGGCUGCUUUGUACUGGGCUUGUUCUUGGUAUGUCUGGCUGUCUGGUGUCAGGACAGGAUUCCCCGUCACUGCCAGACAUCAAAGAUGGACAAUUCAUCGAUGAUUGUGUGAAGAUGCACAACUCUGUGUGAUCUACGGUGAAAGAUGCUAGUGACAUGCUUUAUAUGACCUGGGAUGAGGGACUGGCCAUCACAGCCAGAGCAUGGUCCAGAAAGUGUGAUUUCCAACACAACAUCUACCUGAAAGAUCCCAAGCGAGUCCAUCCCUCGUUCUCCUCUGUUGGAGAGAACAUCUGGACAGGAUACCCCAUCUCAAUCUUCUCAGUACAAAGUUCUUUGAACCUGUGGGUUGCUGAGGUGAUAAACUACUCCAAUCGAAGCAAUACGUGUAUGCAGGGUAAGGUCUGUGGCCACUACACUCAGGUUGUAUGGGCUAGCAGCUACAAGGUUGGCUGUGCAGUCAACAUCUGUCCAAACGGAGUGGCUCGGACCAACUUUCCUACAACAAAGGCGGCUAUAUUUGUGUGCAACUAUGCCCCUGCGGGCAACGUGGUUGGGAGGAAACCAUACAAGACUGGAGCUGCUUGUAGCGACUGUGAGGUUGGAACCAACGAAUGUCAGGGGAACCUAUGCCGCAACCAAGAACGAGAUGCACCAAGAAACUACAGCUGGACUCCUGACUGGGACUACGAAACUGGGACAGCCUGCGUGUCCAUUCUGGUCAUCCGACCACUAGCCCUGCUCCUCACCUUCCUCUCUGCAUAUGGUGCAAAGCAAUACUACCCUGACAUCUUCUUCUAUGAAUAGAUUAGGCAGUCUGGUGUUUCAUGAUCACUAUGCAUUUGGGAUGUGCCUCAAGAGACCAUAGGAUGAAAUUUGAACAUUUUUGUAUGGUGUUAAACACACACUACAAUCACUUUAAAUACAUUAACAUUUAUUUGGUACUUACAAAAUGUCCCAAUAUAAAGAGAACAGACAGCGAUGAAUCCCGCUUCAUAUGAAUGUUAUUUAUCAAUAGAAAUACUUGGAAAAUGAUGCGUUUCUGUCCAUUAACCUGCAUGCCUGGCAAACAUGGGUUGUGCACAAACGAAAUGUCUCUACACGUCAAUCAUAAUUGACCAAAUACAAGGUAAGAAAAGGUGUAUGCAGAGCUGUGUUAAUCCGUCAGGUUCAGAGUCAUGUUAAUAAAGUCCAUGCGUCUUGUUGAAGUUGUAGGAAUAUCCUAAAUAAACCUCACAGAACAGGGGAAUGGAAAACACCAUUGACACUGCUAUAUACUUUAAAGUACUUUAGUCAUUGCGUGGACUCAAACUGUCACAUGUGGACAUGUCACAAUCCUUCUGAGUUCCUGUUCCAUCUCUUGCAGUCAACUGACCAGGCUUUCACAACUAGCUUUUGUUCUUCUUCUUCUUUUUAUCACUGGUGUUGGUUGGGGGGGUUGGGUUGACCGGGGGAGCGCCCAGUUUUUUUGUCUUAGCAUUUUUUACUUUAGCUUUGAUUGCCUCAAUAUCGAUCUUGCCAUCUGAGGGAGCUGCAAAAGCAGAAGAGAGAAUUAUGUUGUUGAUGCCUUUUAGUCGCGUGAGUAUGUUUGUACAUUGACUGUGCGAACCUGGUUGUGAACAGAUGAGAACGCACAAAGUAAUGGCAUGAAAAGAAACAAUCAUGGCACAUACCUUUGUUGGUCUUCUUUACAGCAGCUUUCUCCUUGGGUGGAAUGAAAGCCUUAUUUCUCUCCUCUUGCUUCUUGGUCAGUGCUUCAGCUUGUUUUCCCUGCAAGACAUGAAAGACUGUACUGAGGCCCCAUACUUUUAGACAAUGGUGAUUUUAUUGAACUGUACUGAUUUGCUGGGCAUAAGUUAUCAAAGCGACAGCAGAAUUAUAAGAGAGAAAUGGACGGAGCUGCAUACCUUGAUCUCCUCCAUCUUCUUCCUCUUCUUCACACUCUCUCGGAGGAAGAACUCACCAGUGGCCAGUUCUUUGUCAAUCUGGAAUAAAAAGAAAUUGAGAAAAUAUUGAAA